UUCCAAAACUUCUCCCCAUGAUCUAACAAAUCCCUCUCCCAAUUAAUUUCCCUUCCCAUAAGUACCACUCCACACAUGUAACCACCAGCUUCAUAACCAUUCUCCACCUUCAUCAACCAUGUCGUUCACAGGGUCGAAUCCAGAUCUAGAUAGGAUUUUCAAGAAGUCAGUCCACCGGAAGAAUGGUUCUGGUGAGCUCGAUGUGUUUGAAGCCGCAAGGUAUUUCUCCGGUGCAAACGAAGGCAGCGGGUUCUAUGGAUCAACCUCCUCUCACAAGGCCAUGAGAGAAGAAAGGCAGUCGUGGGGACUAGGAGGAAGGAGGAUGAGCUUAGACAUGCCCAUGAAAAACCCACUUCCUUCCCAAGCCCAGCAUCAUCAUCAUCAUCAUCAGGUGGAAAAACAACUCAAAGAGAAGAAAUACAAGCUGCCCAGCUCUCCUGGUGGCAGACUUGCUAAACUUCUCAACUCUAUCUUCAGUCAAGCAGUCUCCAAGAAGAAGAAAUCUAAGUCCACUACUCAAUCUGUGAAAGAUCAAGAGGAGAGCCCAGGUGGGAGGAGAAAAAGGAGGAGUAGCAUUAGCCAUUUUCGAAGUGCAAGCACCACAGACUCGAAAUCAUCCAUGUAUUCAUCUUCAAGCUCUGGUUUCAGAACACCUCCUCCUUAUGCCAACACUCCCACAAAAGCCUUCAAGGAAAUGCUAAGCUAUUCGGAUCACAAGCAAGUGGUGCCUUUGUCAAAGCACAAUGGACAGGUAAGGUCGAUGAGCUCACAACAGGAGGCUUUGAAUGAGAAAAAGAACAUGGAUUUGCCUUGGUUGGAUGAAAAGAUCAAAUUCUUCGAUGGGUUUCCAGAGAAAAGCAAGAAUUAUGGAGGUGGGUCUUUAGAGAAAGAUCGGAUUUGGAUUGAAGACUACUCAUUAGAGAAGAAGAACCUGAGGAAAUUUGAUGAAGUGGAUGAUGGAGGAGAGAGUGACUCAAGCUCUGAUCUAUUUGAGCUGCAGAACUAUGACUUGGGUUUCUACUCUAGUGGUCUACCAGUUUAUGAGACCACACACAUGGAGAGUAUCAAGAGAGGAGCACCAAUUGCCAGUGUCUAAACAGUCUCAACAUCUUAUUUCUUCCUUUGUUCUUUCAAUUUCUGUACAGUCUUGGAAUGUAUCCUCAUCUUCUUAGGCUCAAAUCUCAUAUGUCCUCUCGCAGAACUUGUAGUACUGUUGCUUAGAACUUUCAUUAUGGCAAUUACCGGUAGGGUGGUUUGAUCAGGCAGUGCCAUGAUGAAUUUCUUCCGCCAAGUUAAAAAGGAGACACAAAGCAUCAUUACCAAGUGCAUUGUAAUUUUCUUUUUAAUUUAUUUGGAAUCCUAUAAUCUCAGAUUUUUAGGCCUGGGGAGCAACGAUGGAAUACACUUGUAAGACUUGCAUGAUCACAUACAUGCACGCAUCCAUAAAUACGAUCAUGGAUGUAUGUUGGGAGUAUCCGAGCUACUCCUAAAUCAGUUAUAAUAUAAUCGUUCUUACUUUA